UUGGUGUCGCCGCCGUCUCAUUCUCCGCAAAAACCCUAGCGCCAAAGUCCCGGUUCUCUGCCGUCGCCGCCGUCGAGAUGCCGCCCAAGUUCGAUCCGACCCAGGUCGUCGACGUCUACGUGCGGGUUACAGGAGGCGAGGUCGGCGCGGCGAGUUCUCUCGCGCCAAAAAUUGGUCCCCUGGGGCUGUCCCCGAAGAAGAUCGGAGAGGACAUCGCCAAAGAGACGGCCAAGGACUGGAAGGGCCUCCGCGUCACCGUCAAACUCACGGUCCAGAACCGGCAGGCCAAGGUCACCGUCGUCCCCUCCGCCGCCGCCCUCGUCAUCAAGGCCCUCAAGGAGCCGGAGCGCGACCGCAAGAAAACCAAAAACAUCAAGCACAACGGAAACAUCUCCCUCGACGACGUCGUCGAGAUCGCCAGGGUCAUGAGUCCCAGGUCCAUGGCCAAGGACCUCAGCGGCACCGUCAAGGAGAUCCUCGGCACCUGCGUCUCUGUCGGCUGCACCGUCGACGGGAAGGAUCCCAAGGAUCUCCAGCAGGAGAUCUCCGAUGGCGACGUCGAGGUGCCGCUCGAGUAAGCCUUAAUUACCUUCGCAUUCGGGUCAGUUUGCUUUGAAUUGAUGCUUGUCAUCUUUAUAUUGCUGGUUUAUGAGACUUCAAGAUUUCUGCAUGUAGUUUAGAUGCACUAUAUUAGCUUGAUCGAGUCUUGAUCUGGUUAAGUAUGAAAACAUUACGGCUAUGUUUGCAAUCAAAAUGCCAUUUUUUAGCAAAUCACAAUAUGCUUAUGUUUGCCACUUCGCUUGAA